AUGAAAAUCCAACGAAAUGUUCUGAUUUCACCAAGCAAAAAGAUUACAUUUGAAAAAUUAUAUAAUGAAAGUACGAAUGAUUUUCUUUUAUUCGCAAGUGAGGACAAAAUAUUCUUUGGUAUAUAUUUUUCAGAUCGAAAUGAAGAUUGGUUUGUUGGUUUGAAUAUUCCACUUGAUUUGAUAGAUGCAUAUCAACAAUAUGUUUUCUAUCGAAAAAAUCAAACUGAUCUUAUACUCGAUGAGUCUAUUCCCAUCAGUCUUUUGAUUCCAACGAUUGGUAAAGCACGUACAAGUCUGUCAACUUGGAAUCGUCGUAUAUCAUGUUACAAUUUACUUUCAUCGUGUUAUGAUAAAUUGAAUAGAAAACGAUGUCUGGAUUGGCGCGAUAUUUGUGACGAUGAAAACCAAUGUGUGAAUUUGGAAAUGAAUAAAUGUGAUGUCGAAAGUGAAUUUCGUUGUCGAAAUGGUUUAUGUAUUCGUCGCGAAUUUUUAUUCGAUGGUCAAUUUGAUUGUUUAGAUGGUAGUGAUGAACAAUUGAAAUUAAUAAAUGAAGAAUUAUGUUAUCAAUUUCCAUGGAUUGAUUGUGAAGAACAUUUAUGUACGCGAGAUGAAUUUUCAUGUGGUGAUGGUCAAUGUAUAACAUGGACAGAUCGAUUUCAAGAAUUAACUAAAUGUAUAAAUGCGAACGAUAUGUUAUAUAUGUGUGAAUAUAAAGCUAUGCAGGAAACUUCCAACGAUGGUUAUUGUCGAACGACAAGUAUUUAUAAUGAAUAUUUGUCAUGUAUUGAUACAAUUCGUCAUUAUGUUGCAUUAAGAUACGAAUCUAAAAUUAAUUUAGAGACUAUUAAAUUUGAUCUAUUAAUGAAAUGUAAAACAGUUAAUCAAUCUUUACCAUAUUACAAUCAUUCAUAUUUCUUUUCACCUUUCAUAAAUGCAUAUAUAACUAGUAGACACAUAAUGGAAUCUAUUCGAUUAGUUAGCUAUUCAUUUACAAUUGUUCCUGAUCUAUUUUGUCUUGGAAAUCAAACGAAUCAAUGUGUAACAGCACAGAAACUUUUUAAAUAUCAGUCAAUACCGUUUGAUAAUUUAUUUAAAAUCAAAUUAAACAACAAUCCAUGUCAAGAAUAUCCAAAUGAUUUUUAUCAAUGUCCAAAUUCAAUUGAAUGUAUUUCAAAAUAUCGAUUGUUAGAUGGUUAUGCAGAUUGUCUGGAUAGAUCCGAUGAAAAUAUUCAAAUGAUUAAUCAAUCUAUUGAUGAAAUAUUUCUACAAGAUCGAUAUCAAUGUAAAACUGUUCCAGAAAAGAUCAUGCUUCAUCUACUUGGUAAUGGACGAGCAGAAUGUUCCGAUGGUUCGGAUGAAAAUUAUGAACAGAUCCGUUGGGAAUUGGUCGAAUGUAACUCGAUAAAUAAUAUUGACUGUCAAUUACUUCGACAAGCAAAUGAUUUAACUUUUGUUAAUAAAGAAUUCGGAAUACAAUUUGAUGAUAUUUGUAAUUCAGCAUGGGAAACACAAUAUGGCAUUGAUGAAAUGAAUUGUUCAAUAUCAGGUUGGAAAUGUCCAUUAAAUUGGUCUCAAUAUGAUCGAAAAGAUACAUUAUUAUGGGAUGGAAAUUGUGUUCCAUCACGUAGUAAUUUUUUUCAAUGGCCAUGUCAAAAUUUAACAACAUGGAAAUUAAUUGAUCUUAAAUUAACACCACAUUUAAUUGGAGAUGGACAUAUUGAUUGUUUAGGAGGUCAAGACGAACGAAAUUCUUUAACAUGUGAGGAUGGAUAUCAAAUUGGUGAACGAUUUCGUUGUUUAAAUGGUUCUUGUAUAAAGCAACACUUGCUUUGUGAUGGAAUUCAACAAUGCUCAAAUGGUGAAGAUGAAUCAAAUUAUUAUUGUCGUCAUCAAGAUAAUUUGUUGAUUCCACGAAUUUGUGAACCAGGAACAUUUGAUUUGUUCGAUGUAAUCAUCGAAAAGAAUGUUCUCGAUAUGGUGGUUCUGAUGAAGAGAAAAUGCCAUUCGGGAGUCGAUCUUGGAUUUCGAUAUUCAAGAUGCUUUCAUAAUGAAAAUUCAAUUCCUCCUCCACCUCUACAUAAAGAAGACCGUUAUGUUUCUUCAGCUGAAAAUCUUGUGUGGUUUUGUAAUCGCGGAGUAGUGAUUCAAAGUUAUUUUCCUCAAACACCAUCACGAUAUGCUUGUCUUUGUCCAUCAAGUUCUUAUGGUGAUCGAUAUCAAUAUCAAUCUCAUCGUGUUACUGUUAUCUACACAUUAGAAAUGACACUUGAGCCAUUAAAAAAUAAUUUUACUAAUAUAAGGAUCAUCACAUUUCUUCAAUAUCAAUAUAAAACAAUUGAUCACAUGAAAUUAUCAUUUAAAUGGACAGAAUUACGAUUAAAAAGAAAACAAAGAUUUUAUCUUCAAUAUCCAUGGUCAUUACUUGAAACAAUUCAUCAAGCAUCAUCUAAUGAUUAUACAAUUAUGUUUCAUAUUUAUACAAUUCGUCCAAAUCUAGUCAAACUAUUUAGUGUUCAUCGUUAUCCAAUUAAAUAUCCAUAUUUACCAGCAUAUCGUCUUACUGUUAUUCUCAAUCCAAAAGGUUCAAAAUCAAGUUCAAAUUCGAUGAUAAAUUCGUGUGGAAUUCAUAGUCAAAAUUGCCAUUUGAUUAGUAGUACAACAUUUUAUUGUGAAUGUCAAUCAGGUUGGUAUGGAUUACAAUGUACAGAACAAUUUCAAAAUGUGUCUUGUGCUGCAAAUAGUUAUUUCUUACCGACAUUUUAUAAUGGUAUUGAAAAAUAUGAAGAUUUUCUAUGUAUUUGUCCAAUUGAUCGAUUUGGUCGUACAUUAGCAGAUAGUUAUUACGAUGAAAAAGCACAGGGAUCUUGUUUGUGUGCAAACAAUUUUUACGACGAUCGAUGUGAAUAUAAAACGACCCCAAUCCAAAUCUUAUCACCUUCUUCAUCAACAAAAUCAUUCCCAAUGAUUUUACAAAUGAAUUCUCCGUUUAUUUAUCCAAAUUAUUUAACUAUUUUUCGUCAACAUAUGAUCACAAUGUUUAAUACAACAAUGACUUCAACAUAUUUUUAUUCUCAUCGGCAAUAUCAUGUAGGUUUAUUAAAAGUUUAUACAUCAUAUUUGGAUUAUAAUUUUUAUCUCUUAUGGUCAAAGAUGGAUACGACCUAUUCAACAGAAAUUGUUAUAUUAAAUGAAACAAAUCGAUGUCGCCAUGCACGAGAAUUUGAAAAUUUAGUUCCUGUAAAUAAAAAUGAUUAUAAAUCAGAUCGAAAUUUAAUUCCAUUUCUGAAGCGAUAUCAUCAACCAUGUCAAAAUUCGAAUGUUUUAUGUUUUUAUGAUGAACGAACAUACAUGUGUUUAUGUGAUUUAAGACGACAUUCAGCUUUAUGUUAUCGAUAUGAUUUUCAAUCUGAUCAAUGUCAAUUUUGCUUGAACGAUGGUAUAUGUGUUUAUCGAAAUAAACAUGAAAAUCGCUUUGAUUUUCAAUGUCGUUGUCAGCAAUGCUAUUAUGGAUCUGUGUGUCAAUAUAGAAUGGCACAAUUUGGUUAUUCACUUGAAAGUUUAUUAGUUACAAAUGAUCAGAUUGAUGACUUUCGAAUUUUACAAAAUAUUUCAUCGGUAUCAAAAAUAAUUUAUUUAACUUUAUCAAUUUUCAUGUGUUCUAUUGGAUUUUUAAGUAAUUUAUGUUCAAUCUUAACUCUUCUACAUUCAACAAUAAUUCGAACAUCUAUUGUUUAUCUUCUUAUUCUAACGUGUAUUUCAAAUCAAAUUACACUUUUUAGUCUUAUGACACAAAUUAUUUAUAUACUUAUGAAUGAUUUGUCUAAGAUAAAGAAUAUUUCUUUCAAUUAUAUUCUAUGCAAAUCAAUAUCUUAUACAAUUAAUCUAUUUACAUUUAUUAGUAAAUGGGCAAUUGCAUUUAUUAAUAUAAAUCGUCUUCAACAAUCAACACAGAUACGAACGAAAAUCGAUCAAUUGAUUCAAAUAAAACGAAAUAUGCUUUUGUAUUUGAUAUUUAUGAUCGCUGUAUCGAUAAGUAUAAUAACAGAAAUGUUCUUUCACCGUUUAUUAAUUCUAAAUAAAAAUGACGAUGAAAAAUCUUUUCAAUGUAUUAAUGAACCUUAUGGAAUAUGGAAAACAUUUGCGACAGUAUUUACUUUUAUUCAUCAUUUAAUUCCAUUCUGUUUUAAUAGUUAUUCAAUUCUAAAAUUAAUUUAUUUAGCAUCAAAAAUAACUUUUCCCAACAAUAGCACCGUGUCUGUGACAACUAUGUUGGCUGAUCGAGUUGCGAAAAAAGAUUCGUAUUAUCCUUUGGGUAACAUUCAUGAGCAGAAGCUCAUCGAUCAGUUAUAUCAGGUACUUGAAGACGUUGCAAUAAGUUCAUCAUACCAAGUAGAAGACGAGUGUACACUCGACUACGACAACUCUUUCGAGGAAGAAAACGAUCCUACUUUUGAUGGAAGUGAGAACGAGGAAGAUCGUGAAGGCGACGCGUUACUGACAACGUUCUCUCUGGAAUAA